CUGGUCUCGCAUUCACUGACAUUGUUGGAAUUUAGUCUUCCUGGUUUCUCUCGGUACUUGGUUUCCUGACCUACGAAAUUGUUGGGCAUCAGGGACCGUAAUGGAUCCAGGACUUGGCCUAUGCUAUUUGUUGCCAACCGUAUUUCCGAUUUGCUGUGUGCACGCGCAACUCUCAUUGUCUGUCCUGAAACCAGGCAACGGUUCACAGCCAACACCAUACGGUCGUCAAACAGUGCAAGACAUGUAUAGGGCAGGAGUCAACACAGGAGCUCGAGCCAGCGUGGGAGGGCAAGACAUCAACUGGCACUUUCCGGACGAGGAUGAACGCAAAAAUGGUACCGACACCGGCCUCCUUGAAUAAAGACGGCGGACU